CUCCGGUCAGACAUGUCCGUGGCACAGACGUACCCUACUCUCCGGUACCUGAGAACCGCACGUGACCCGUCACGUGACUCCCCAACCCCUCCUUCUUCUUCUUCCCUUAAAGUUUCGAUAUUUGGAUUCACGGCGCGAAACUUGGCGGUCACUUCGCGUAAUUCCGAUGAAAUCUGGGCGCCGAUAAGGGCGUUGAGCCCGGAAGGGUCGCUGCGGGAGCUCGAUGACUCGCCGGUGUCUGUUGACCUCGUGCCGAUUUGCAGCGAGGCCCAGUUCGACCGGGUCGUCGCCCAGGCCCAGCAGCUCCGGCAACCGUUCGUCGUCGUUUGGAUAGCAAGCUGGUGCAGGAAAUGCAUAUAUUUGAAGCCGAAAUUGGAGAAAUUGGCAGCCGAGUACUAUCCAAGAUUGCUGUUCUACAGUGUUGAUGUCAAUUCAGUUCCAUACAAGCUUGUUGCUUGCGCUGAAGUCACUAAGAUGCCUACUAUACAGCUUUGGAAAGAUGGCAAGAAACAAGCUGAGGUGAUUGGUGGUCAUGGCAAAGCAUUCUUAGUGAUUAAUGAAGUUCGCGCAAUGAUUGAAACUGACGAUAGCACAUAAGGUUUAGUAUCACAGGCAAUCUCAAUACACAUUUAUA